AUGAAUUCAGUAUCGCUCCUAGACGCCUGGAACGGCAGUGAGGAGAAACAGGAGGAGCAUUUGCCACAACACCAGCGGAGCAUCUGGGGACGUCUCAUCAUUGCGGAGGUGCCCUACCCUGUCAUUGCGGCCGAUGGUGUGGUGAUCAGCCUGUACUUCAACCGGCUUCUGUUCCGUGUUUCCUCGUCUGCGUUUACCGUCACUGUGUUCCUGCGAGAUAUUGUUCGGAUCGUCCUCUUCGCGGAGAAGAACAGUAUUGAGAUGGAAGUUGAUCGUGAGGGCGGCGGCAAACGAGCGUACAUCGUCGUCUUUCGGGAAAAUGAUGCGGCUCUCAUGCUUUACGAUGUAGUUCUUCCGCUCCUGCCGGUGGGUGUGAAGGAUAGCUCUGUUGGCCACCCCCUGUCGCAGUCAACGUACAAUACCGACUACUCCUUUUCGCUCAUGUCGCCGAACAUGAUGGCGGAGUCAGGCUUUUACGAGCUUUACCCACGCAGGGGCCUGACAAGUAAUGAGACGUGCAUGAAAAAAAAGGAGAGGGAGGAUUCAACCCCGCUAGGCCUUUUAUCCGCGUUGCAUUCGCUCCCGUCCCCCCCUGGAGAGUCGCCUUUCUUGACAACAACACCAGCACCCCAAAGACAACAAGCGCAGCAGCAAAAUACGGGAGAAAUGUCCCAGGCCAGUGGGAAAAGUUCGUUUCUUCCUGCUAUCCUUUCGGUGGAAGUGGAAGAAACGCUCCUGGAUCCAAAUGCUCUCUCCCAGGCCGCGUCGGAUGCUCAGGUGCCACCUGCAAGCAGUGAGGGAGGAGUGGGGACGCUGAGGAGGAAAACGACUUGCAGGAUGGCCCACAUCUCAUGA